AUGGGGGUAAACCUUGAACGAGAAUCUUUGUUCAGUUGGGAAUUUGUCCUGCCGGCGCUCUUUUUGUUCAGUUGGGAAGAAGAUGCCAGUACAGAACUGCUGGAGGGUAUCUCUCCUAAUCGUAUGGUCACAGAUUCACGAAUAUGGAUGGCUUUUUCGAUAGGAGGAUACAUAGUAAAUUCGGGAUAUGCAGUGAUUCAGCGAGCCACACAAGACAUAUCAGUUAACUGUGAAUUCAGCAGCGCUAUUAGGCGAGUGUGGAGCAGCAAGGUGCCGUCGAAAGUGCAAGCGUUUGUGUGGAAGUUAUUUCAUGAUAGACUACCGAUGAGGAUCGCUUUGGUGAGAAGAGGAUUGGUGGAACCCAGAAGAGAAAGAUGCUGCAUUUUCUGCUUUAGAGAGGAUGAAUCUACACAACGCCUCUUUUUCGAUUAUCCUUUCUGA